AUCUCCUUCGCCAACGCCGUGGCCUCCAUGGGUAUCAGCCUGGCCACGCUGGUGGGCACGCCGCUGUGCAGGUUUCUGUUGGACGAGUACGCCCUCCGCGGGACCCUGCUGGUGUUUGCAGCCUUCAGCAUGAACGCUUUUGUGGCCUCUUUGCUUUUCAGACCCAUCUCGGGGUACGACCUGACCACCACGAGCGUCGUUGUGAUAGACGAAGAAGGCAUUGAAACAACGGACAAUGAUCUACUCUCCAAUUCUAAGAGUCGUGUCUCUACUGAUAUGGACCACCUAACCACGUUGGAUGACACAUCAGAGGAAAUGACAACGGGAAGAGGCAUCAUCAGUAAUGAUCACAGAGAACACGCAAGUCGCACUGACGUACAACUCAACAACAAAGGAAGUCUAAAAGAUUUACCUCAGAGAACCGUUGGAAUUUCUGGCGCGCUUUCUAAAUCUCUUAACACAUUACUUUCUUCAAGAAAUCUUAAAUACAUGAGUACACCCAAUCUUACGGUGUCAACACCACAACUCAGCGAGCCUCUCCUCCACACUAACCACCACAUGCGUACAGUGAGUAGGCGAUCGGCUAGUACAGACAUAAAUCAUGUGGAUAUUUCAGAUGAAGAAAGACAAGGGUCACUUAGAUCACGCCGGAACUUGUAUGUCUCUUGUUUCCAAAAGGUGAAGUCAGCAGUGCUCAAUUCCAUUCUCACAAACCCUAUCGCCGUCGUCCUGAUUAUCGCCGGGGGUAUCGGUCAUCACACGCAGACCUCGCUGACCUACAUUCCAGCUGUCGGUCAAGAGAACGGUCUGACCGACUACCAGGUGUCCCUUCUGCUCACCGUAACAGGUGUCAGUGACCUCGUUGGCAAGUUCAGCCUUGGCCUUGUGGCAGACACGAAACGCAUACCGCGUGUGUACAUCGUGGCCACAACACAACUGACGGCAGCCGUCCUCCUUCAGGUAAUCCGCUUCUUCCAAGGGUUCGGGCUGAUGCUGGCUCAUCAAGUGAUGUUCGGCUACACCCUGGACGUCAUGCAGACCUUCAUGCCUGUCCUUGUGGGCGACUUUCUGGGCGUACACUACAUCCCAUCUGUACUGUCCAUCUACUUCCUGCUCAUGGGCGGCGUUCACACCACGGACCACCUGAUGAUGGGCAUAUUCAAGGAUAAAUACGACUCGUUCUAUCCAGGCUUCCACUACAUGGGCGGCUUGAUCCUCCUCAGUACUACAUUUUUUCUCCUUCUGCCAUUCCUGUCGCGAUGUACUAAGCGGUAUCAGAAAACAGAAACUACGGUGUGAAAAAGAUACAUAUCGUCGCCCUUGUGAUAAAACUGGCUUACUUUACAUAUGUUUACUUUUGUCAGCUUCUGUUACCCUGCGGUACAGAGGGGGAGAAACAAAUGUCUUACUCUCUUUACUGAGUAUCAUUUUUAUUAUUAAAUUUAACGAAUCGACAGUAAAUCACCCAGGUCAUGUGGUCAGUCAAAGACAGGUCUGAAUUUUGACUAACAAUGCUCCGAAACUAAAUUGAUUGUUUGCUUCUCUAGUAAAAUGUACUCAGCAGGGGUUAUCCAUGGUCUUUUCACAAAGGCGACUAUAUCAUACGUUUCAUAAUGUGAGGCGCCCUCUCCAUCCUCUACUGUCACAGACAGAAACAUUUAGUGAACUGCCGAAAGGCCCCGAUGCACUCUGAGCCUAUCGUGAGAAGUAGACAUUGAUUGUAAAUGCUCAAGUCUCCUAUUGGCACCGUUUAGACAAUUUAGCAGGCGGGCCGUAACGUCCACUCUGCCUGUUUGGGCCAAGCUGCCAUGGGAGGAAUACAGAGCAUUCCAGCAAAAAGACGGGAGAUACCCAAAAAUGUACCUUUCCCGCAAGGGAAUCCCUGACAUGACUUUAGUUCGCAAGGCGACAAAACUAACCACUACAGCGCAUACACCAUUGACAAGCAUGUAGUAAGUUGGAGAAGGUGCUUAUUCGCCUAAUUUUUAUUGAGACACAUAAUUUUUCAGAGUUGAAAGCAAAAGCGUACAGAGACGACCUUUCAGCCAACAGCAAAGAAUAAAGACAGACAGAAAAAAGUAACAAACCCUGUGGAUUUCGCGUAAACAGCAGGCAAGGCCUGCUACGAGCAAUGCAUACUAUAUUCUGAAUGUAUGCGACCCAGCCACUUAUUUUCGUGGUCAUGCGCUGUUGAAGCGUAAGUGAGUAAGUGAGUGAGUGAGUGAUCAUUCUUUCAAGAACUAUCUGACGCUGUGGUGUGGGACUUGUUGGUAUACAUAUGUAAAUAAAAAAGUGAUACAACGCAAACAG